UCUGACUUGUUGCGAAUUUGGGUAAGUCUCAAGAAUAAGCACCUGAAGUUUUGCGACCCUCUCACAAAAAAUGGCGUUUGGUGAAGAGUUGCGAGGUUAUGCGCGGGCUACAUCGUCCUCUGGUCCGGGACACAGUGCCAUGAUGCGCACAUUGCUAGAGCGGCUUUGCCGCAAAGUGGGUGAUGGCCUAAAUACACCCGGCAAUAUGCGCCUUGCCUAUCGGCUGCUUUCGCUGCGCUCGUUCGACACGCAACUGAGCUCUGAAAGAGAAAUUUGCGAUGCGAUAUCGCAGACGCUCUUGGGGUACGACGAUCCUGGAGGAGGUGGACGCAACGGCCAAGGAGGGACUGACGACCGCAGUGACAUCGUGUCUCGUAGCUUGAGGUUUCAGGCACUGCGGCGUAAGGGUCUCGGUACUCGAACUGCGCACCUACCCGUGAUGGAAUUGCUGCACUUGCUACGAGGCGAUCCACCAAACCACCAAGGUUACGAAGGUGGACGAAGCGCACCUUCGUCGAGGUCAGCAACAGCAUCCUCUAGUGCAGCUGCGAGAAUGUUCGGCCUCAGCAGUUCGCAUUUGGGUAGCACGCGGCCAGGAACCAAUGUGGAGGAUCCGACGAAUGCAGGAGGUGGUGCACAGGCAAAUCAUCGAACGAGGGGUAUGGACGCAAGCGGAGGUUACAGUUAAGGUCUCUAGAUUCGUGAAGGCCAUCUUAUCUGCGCUUGCACUUCGUGGAAAUUACCAAGGAUGUGAUCAUGUUGUACUCGAAAUACCACUUAUGGAGAGGAGGCAAGAAGAACACAGAGGUGCAUUGCAAGAAGAUGGAUUCUUUUGAAAUAGAGGAAUGUGUUCCCUUCACUAAUGUAGCGACUUGGUUUACUGUGGUCACAGUGAGCACGACAUAAUCAAGGAUUGCCUGUUUGCCUUGCAAGGCGUCGAGUCGGACGCAGUUGAGUGGGACUCAUCUGUCGUGCGCUUCUUUCUGAAACCUGAUGUUAGCAUCGCGAAAGGCGCGCAAACUCUGGUUGCGGAACUGCUCGAGAUCGGAACCGCAUACCGGCAGCUAGAUGUGUUGCUAGGGAUGGAGAACGAGUCCUUGCUUUUUCAGGCUUUCAGACAUUGUGUCCGGCAAUUGCUGCUCGACUAUUUCAAGUGGAUUGCGAUUUUCGAGACGGAGGUGCACAGCGGCGAUCUCACGCUUCGGAGGCUUUGCAUCUGGUUUCGUCAGCCUGGAAACAAAAUCAAAAUGCUGUGUCGUCUCUGCGGUGUGGCGGCGGCGCACCAAAAAGGGGGGCCUCUGCUGAGCGCUCUCUACAUGGCCUCAAAAACCGGAGAUCCAGCGCUUCGCCCAAUCGUCGAAAAGCUGCUGCAGGACACGCAGGUAAUCUACGGGAUGGAAAGAUAUUCCAGAUUUUACCCGUGAAAUAGAUUUAUUGUUAAAAGAUGAACGCGGAUUUCUUGUCGCUUGUGUUUGGAGUUUAAGUUUUGGCGGGCUGAUAUGUUUACACCAAAGACGGCCUCGUGCAUGUAUAUUCAAUUCUGAUUUCAGCGUCCGAUGUACGAAAUGAUAAAGGCGUGGAUGACAGAGGGAAAGUUGCAGGAUCCGCAGGGGGAGUUUUUCGUGGUUGCGGACAUGGAUGUAAGGAUCGAAGAUCUCUGGGACAGCAUGUACAGUUUGAAUCCCGACAUGGUCCCUUGCUAUCUCGACUUAGACAUGGCGCAAACGAUCCUGACCACUGGAAAAAGCGUGAAUUUCAUUCACCUUUGCUGUGAAGAGUCCGACUGGGUCGGUCUGCCGGUGUUUCACGCCAAGGGAUGGGAGGAGUUGCAGCCCUUCGUUCGGCAGCAAUCUGCACACACAAACAAACGGCUAGUGGAUUUGCUUCUCAACAAGUACCACUUGCUCAAUCACUGCGUAGCGAUAAAGCGGUACCUUCUGCUCGCGCAGGGAGACUUCAUCGAGGUAUUUAGUUAACUCGCGAGGAAAAAAGAAGUUGCUGAAUUUUAGCAAGUUUUUUUGCACCGUUUCUGUUAGAUUUUCGUCUCCGAAUGAUCGAAGAUCUCAUAGGCACAAGUAGUAACCACCAUCAACUAGGCCGCAUAGAAAAGAAAAAAUCACAGGGCUUUCUGGAAUUGGCAGACCGCGACCUCCGAAAAGACGCGAGGAAAGAGGUUUUUCGGCACAAUAUUCGCAGCAUUGUGGACCAGGCGAUACAGCGGAGCAAUGCGCAAUUCCACGAGUCGGAGUAUCUCGAUCGCUUGGACGUCUUGCUGGGCUACGCUUCUCAUGGCGAAAUCGGCUGGGACAUAUUCUCCCUAGACUAUGCAGUGACGUCACCACUCCAUGUCGUAUUCACAAGCGAUCGGACGAUGCCACUUUUGCGGAAAAUCUCUUGCUUUUUGUGGCGACUACGUCGGGCAAAUUUCUCUUUGAAGGAAUGUUGGAAAAGUCAGAUUCUGCUAAGGUAUAAUAUUAUCUGCAUAGCUGAUUUUUAUCAAAUUUUUCAUCUGAUCCUCAACCUCAAACUUCCAAAGCGUGGUCUGAACAACUCUUGAAUAUGAAAGGAUACCAUUUGAGACCCAAAAGGAUGGAUUCAUCGCAUUCGCGCCUCCAUUAUAUACCCAGGCACAAAAACGCGACCGGCGAGGAAGGGUACAUCUCGAGGCAGAUGGACUCGAUUCGUAUGCUUUUAGCCCACGUUGUAGAAAAUAUUCAAUCUUAUGUGAUGUACGAAGUCCUUGAGACCGCACAUGCCCGUCUGGAGCAAGGCUUUCACCAGGCAAAGAACCUCGACGAGCUUUUAGCUGAGCAUGCCAAAUACCUUCAGCACUUGCAGGAAUUCACCUUCCUGGUACUUCCUCUUCGACUAGUACUGGCUUAUUCUUUCGUGGAUGAUCAGCGCCUUUGCUAGUGAUGUACCUCUCAUGGAAAUCAAUAAAUCUGUUUCUCUCGGCGUCGUCUUCGCGUUUCUAAUCCUUUGAACUCCAAAAUAUAUAAUAGUAAAAAAUAAUAGGUUCCCUCUGCUGCCCCGAUUUUGGCGUGCCUGAAUAAGUUUCUUGCUCUCGUGGCCACUUUCGAAGAGUUGCAGGAGGAAGCGGGUAGGCUGUUCUUCGAGGAGGAUGGCGAGGGUCUGCUAUCCCAAGAUCUCGAGGCGCUAGACCAGGAAGUAUCAGAGAAUACACAGGAGCUACUGGAUUUACUUCAAGCACCUAAUUGCGCCGAGUACCCCUAUCUGGUCUGUCGACUCAACUUCAAUGAUCAUUUCUAAAGAAACACUCGUGUAAUACCAGCGUUGUGUUGACUUGUUACAUUAUAAUUUGGACUGCUACCCCCUUUGCUACUUAGGCUGUGCAGGAACAGCACAAAUGCAUCGAAUCCUAAUUAGAACUUUCAAUUUCUACGAGGGUGUGCCUCAUUGAUUUUGGUUUACAUUUUGCAUGAUAUCGAUACACCAGUUCGUACACGCGCAACACAGAGCCAAUUAAGAGUAUAGCUCGAUACAUUUUGUCUGCUACGUGUGGAGCGAGGAGGGGAGACCUUCUCGUCUUAUCUCGUCAAGGAGUUAUCAGAUUCGUGUUCCACGAGGCUGCGAGAGAGUGCUGUAAAUACUUCCGUAAAUAAAGUUGUUCCGAC